UAAAGAAUGCCAGCCCCAUUCCCCUUCUUGUAAGUUUUUAACCCUUAGUUUUUUAUGCCCUUUUUCUCCCUCUCUUUCAGCCUUUGCUUGGGGAUCCAUCCCUUAAUGUAUAGGGUAUAUGAAUUCUGCUGACUUUUCACAAACAAAAGCAAAAUCUGUUCAUCUGUUCUCCCAUAUUUACCCUCUUCUCUAAAUGCCAAAUCUCUUGUUGACCAAUAAUAGAUGAAAAAGAUGAAAUCUUUGAGGACAACAGGGGUAGCUUUGAGUGUGGUUUUUGGGUGUCUCUUGUUUGCCCUUCUUGCUGAGCUUUACUACUUGUUGUGGUGGAGAAGAAGAAUCACAAGAAGAGGGAUUGAAGAUGGUCCUGGGAAAAACCUCUUCUAUUUCUUCUUCCUCUGCAGGAAGAAAAAACAAUCUCCCCCUCCCCCACCUCCACCUCCUCCGGUUCCAUCUUCUCCCGACCCUGGGGUUUCAGUUCCGAAACCCCAGGAGGAGGAAAUGGAUUCGGAGCUGUUGAGGCUCGCGGGCCCACCGAGGUUCCUCUUCACGAUAAAAGAGGAAACUCGGGAGGACCUGGAGUCUCAGGACAGGAGGAAACCAAGAAGAAGACUGAGUGAUGUUCUCUUUCUCCAAGAAGAUGGAGAUGUGGACAACUAUGCCCAUUCUACCCCUUACUUCACCCCACCCCUAACCCCAUUGAACCCUCUCUUUGAACCCUCAAAUGGGUUUGGGUUCACCCCCAUUUUGGGUGGUGGGCCCUCCCCACCCCCCACCUUCAAGUUCUUGAGAGAUGCUGAGGAAAAGCUGUUCAAAAGGAAGAUCUUGGAGGCUGAAGAAGCCCAAAGAUUUCCCAAGAAAAUGGAUGUUUCUGCUCAAGUUGAUGAUGGGGAUGAAGAAGAAAGGGGAGAAAAUGGAUCUUUUAUUAGGCUGAUUUGCCCAAGAAGAAGAGAGGAAGAGAUUGAAAAUGUGAGUGCUUCACAAGUUCUUCCCUUGCCCUCAGAUUCACCAUCAAAUUAAAUUUAAUUUGAUGAAUCCCCCCUAGUAGAAGUGAUUGACAUGAUGAAAUGUUCUUUUUUUUUCAAUCCAUCAUUUUUAUUGAGCUUUGGUUUUUUUAUUUUUGAAAAAAAUUCAUGUCAGUAGAGAAUUUUACAAGAAUAAUCUAAGAUUACAAAAGUAUUACUAGCCCUAUCAGAAAUUUUUAUUUCUUACAAUAAUAUUUCAAAAAUUGU